GUCCGGUAAGUACCAAGAGGGACAGCCUCUGCUCAUCCGCCUUUCUUUAUAGUCUCUCUCUCUAACACGGCAGGAAGGUCAAGCUAUAUUCGACCACCUUCAAUCUCUCGCUUUCGCUCCUUCUCUUCCUGUUUCUUUCUCUCGAGAAUCGGGGAGCAGCAACAUUAACAUCUCAGCAGCAGCAAAAACUUCCCAUAAAAUUCUUUUUCAUUGUUGGGUUUUGCAAUAUAGGCGAAAAAAAAAAAUGCCAGCCCAGAAACGCCCCUACCAGACCCACCAAAAGGACGAUGAUCCUCUGCAGCAAGAACAACCCAACAACCACCAUGAACACCAGCAGCCGCCGCGUGAUGAUGGUGAUGAUGAUGUUGCUGAUGAAUCCGAUCGAAGCCCAUCUUCGAGUAAUGGAGAGGAGAAAGAAGAGUAUGUUGUAGUGAAGUUGUCUGAAAUACGCAAGGAAGUACAAUGUCCAAUCUGUCUAGGUAUUAUUCGAAAAACCAGGACAGUGAUGGAAUGCCUGCAUCGCUUCUGCAGGGAAUGCAUAGACAAGUCUAUGAGGCUCGGGAACAAUGAGUGCCCUGCUUGCCGCACUCAUUGUGCCAGUCGCCGUUCUUUGAGGGACGACCCAAAUUAUGAUGCACUAAUAGCUGCUUUGUAUCCAGAUAUUGACAAAUAUGAGGAAGAGGAAUUGGCUUUUCAUGAGGAGGAGAAGGCUCGCAAUAAUCAGAUCCAAGCUUCUAUUGCCCAGACUUUUCACCGGCAAGCCGAAGCUCUUGGUCGGAAACGGACAACAGCUAAAGCCACAGUUGCUGCAUUUUCUAGGAGAAAACAAGGCCGUCACCAAGAUGCCCACUCAAGAGGGAGGAGAAAUUGUCGAGCAGCUGAUAUUCAAGGAUCUGAUGACAAUGAGGAUGCAAAUGGCGAUGGGUGCAAAGAUUCAUCAUCUGCUGAGGAACACAGUGCAGAAGUUAAACCAAAAAGAUUCAAGAGAUGGGGAGGUUCUCGGUCAGCAGCUGCUAUCGCAGACAGAGGUGGUGAUGAAAAUGACUCAGAAGUGAAUAGGGAAUCCAUGGGGUCUUCUGCUGGGCUUGUUGGCCCAUCAGAAAGGCUUGCCUGGGGUAAAGGUGGUAUGCGGAGUCACACAAGAUAUGGCAGUUUAAAUGCUGGCAAUGGAAAGAAUGCCCGGAACAGCCGGCUCUCUAAGUUGGCAGAUUAUCUUCAAAACUUGGAGGAAAAUGAUAAUGAGUUGGAUAUCCACCUCAUGCUUGUUUCUUUUGAUGAACAAAGAAUACCCAGUUUGCAGAGGCCAUAUCUCUGCUGUAGGCCAACUUUAUCAGUCAAACACCUAUGUCAGUAUGUUGCUCUCCAAACUGCUCUGCAAGCAGAUGAAGUUGAAAUAUUCCUGGUGAAAGAGUUGAAUUCCAAACAUAAUCCUUCGACCUGCACAAGUAUAUCAAUUUGUAAGCCUAUUAUAAUUGAUCCAUGUAAAGAUAAGUUGCAAAUAUUGGAGGAGAAAGAAACUCUGGCAGGGCUUAAAACCUAUAAUUUUACUCACGAAGGUCAUCUGCUUCUGGCUUAUCAGAGAAGGCAUGGGAAACCAAAAUGGUGACAAGGUUGCCUGCAAGCUUGUCAUGAAUACCAAGUCUGUUCUUGUCUUGUUUUUACAGAAAUGAAAGUAUAGAUAUAUAAAUAUAUACAUGCGACGGGGACCCCAAUCAAGUUUCCUUUCUCACAUAGCAUGCGUGCUCUAAACUGGUAGAUAUAUUAUAGAAAUGGUGGUAAUUUCUGUAGGUUUUGUAUACAGAUUAAGCUAUAUAUAAUCUGAAAAAUGGUUCAGCCUCAAGUUUGUUUAA